AUGGUCAACCUCGUAUCAAGAGUCGCCAUUGUUGGAGCCGUUUUCAUUGCAGUCGCCUACCAAUUCAUUUUCAAAUCCAUCAUCUUCCAUACCCUGGGCUAUGGUCGGAAAGUCUCGUCGAUCAAAGACUUUCCAGACGUACGAUGUGAGAAGAUCACAGAGUUAGACCUUGAGGGCUGCGAAGAUAUGUGGUUGCAUGAGCCGACGGGGGCCCUAUACAUAGCCUGUUCGGACUCCCGAAGCAGGACACAAUGGCUUCCCGCGGGUCCGGCGACUAACAAUUGCAGAGUCGGCUUCCUCAAUGCCACCGGACGCGGCCUGACCGACAGAAUUGCCGUUCUGGAUACACGAGGUCCGGGACGGCUUGCCACCCGCAUUAAGUGGCUGUCAGUGGAGAACUUCUCCGGUAUCAAGGGGGAUGGGACGAUGAAUCUGCAUGGCUUGGAUAUCAGACAUGAUAAGAAUACUGACGUCCUUCAUAUUCUGCUAAUCAAUCAUCGCCCACCCAUCGACCCCGAGCAUGGCGAACCACUCGAUGCCACAAGCAUCGGAGCAAACUCAACGAUCGAGCACUUUCGGACGGAAGUAGACAGUGACAGUAUGCGCCAUGUGAGAACCUACGCAAACGCUCUCAUCCAAACACCGAAUCGAGUCGCCUGGGCCACCGAUGACUCGUUUGUCUUUACAAACGACCACAGCGUCAAAGUUGGAUUCCGCCGAGAGCUUGAUCCUUUCAUCGGUGGAGGCUCCGUCGGUUACUGCAAUCAAAGUACUUGCAACAUUGGGUACAGUGGGCUCAAGAUGCCCAAUGGUCUCGUUCGUGGCCGAGACGGCCUUAUUUACGUGCCUAGCACUCUCGAUGGAACGAUCAGAGUUUUUAAUUUGAGUGAAAACCACCACCUUCUCAAAGUCAACGAGAUCAAAGUUCCAUUGCCGGUUGACAACUUGUCUGUAGACAAAAAAGGCGAUAUCUAUGCGGCCGCCUUCCCCAAGGUCUACAUGUGGGGCGAGAGUUCAAAAGACCCAUUCAAUGUCACCCCACCCACUGCGGUAUUCCGGAUCCGGAAGUCUGUCCAAGAGAAUGAAAGUGAGAGAAAGUCCCACUUGGAGAUGAAUGCAGAAUAUAUCGUUGAGAAGGUGGUUGAGGAUGAUGGAAGUGUCUUGCCAGGUUCAACUGCCGUUGUACACGAUGCUGAGACGGGGAGAAUCUUUCUUUCGGGAAUCAUGUCUCCUUAUAUAGCGAUUUGCGAGCCCACAGCUUAA